AUCUCUUCUUCAACCAUUUUCCAUUGUUUCUCUCUUUUAUUUUUUUAAUUUUUGUGUGUUCGAUUGAUUCUCUGUUUGUUUCCUUUCUCUGGUUGAAACUUAUAGAUCUUCUUCCACCAUGUGGAACACGGCGGAGAAUGUGUUUGUUCGAACGUCGUCGUUUAGGGAAGAUGGAGAAGACGAGGAGGCCUUACGCUGGGCGGCGCUCGAGAGGCUACCGACGUAUUCGCGUCUUCGUAGAGGCAUUUUCAGGAAUAUUGUUGGAGAUGCUAAGGAGAUUGAUGUUAGUGAGCUUGAGGUUCAAGAGCAAAAGCUUCUUAUUGACCGAUUAGUCAGUUCGGUUGAUGAUGAUCCGGAGAUGUUCUUUCAACGAGUGCGACGGCGUUUCGAUGCAGUUGAUUUAGAGUUCCCAAAGAUUGAGGUUAGGUUUCAACAGUUGACUGUAGAAUCGUUUGUUCACAUUGGAACCAGAGCUCUGCCGACUAUUCCCAACUUCAUGUGCAACAUGAUGGAGGCACUUCUUAGGAAACUGAAAAUAUACAGCAGUCAAAGAAGCAAGUUGACAAUUUUAGACAAUGUCAGUGGAAUUAUAAGACCUUCCAGAUUGACUUUGUUAUUGGGUCCCCCAAGCUCUGGAAAGACGACACUUCUUUUAGCCCUUGCUGGUCGCCUUGAAAGUGAUUUGCAGCAAUCAGGGAGAAUAACAUAUAAUGGGCAUGGCUUCAAUGAGUUUGUUCCACAGAGGACAGCGGCUUACGUUAGUCAACAGGACAAACAUAUUGCAGAAAUAACUGUUAGAGAAACUCUUGAUUUUGCAGGCCGCUGUCAAGGCGUUGGGUUCAAAUAUGAUAUGCUCAUGGAACUAGCAAGAAGGGAAAAGAUUGCAGGGAUAAAACCUGAUGAAGAUCUUGAUAUAUUUAUGAAGUCAUUGGCUCUAGGGGGUCAAGAGACAAGCCUUGUGGUGGAGUACAUUAUGAAGAUUUUAGGGUUGGACGUGUGUGCUGACACAUUGGUAGGAGAUGAAAUGCUCAAAGGGAUUUCUGGAGGACAAAAAAAGCGUCUUACGACUGGCGAAUUGCUAAUUGGUCCUGCAAGAGUACUAUUCAUGGAUGAGAUAUCAACGGGGCUUGAUAGUUCAACUACCUAUCAAAUUAUCAAAUAUCUUAGGCAUUCUACCUGUGCACUUGACUCAACCACUGUAGUUUCUCUGCUGCAGCCUGCUCCUGAGACCUAUGAGUUGUUUGAUGAUGUUAUACUUCUCUGUGAAGGCCAAAUUAUAUAUCAGGGACCGAGAGACUCUGUUCUUAAUUUCUUUGCGUCUAUGGGAUUCACCUGUCCCGAGAGAAAGAAUGUUGCAGACUUCUUGCAAGAAGUUAUAUCAAAGAAGGAUCAGGAGCAGUACUGGUCAGUUCCUGAUCGUCCUUACCAAUUUAUCCCUGCAGCAAAGUUUGCCAAAGCUUUUCGUUUGUAUCACAUCGGGAAAAAUUUGUCUGAAGAAUUGGAAGUUCCUUUUGACAGACGUUAUAACCAUCCAGCUUCCUUGUCAUCUUCUCAAUAUGGAGUAAAGAGGCGUGAGCUUCUUAAGACCAGCUUUUCAUUGCUAAAGCUGUUGAUGAAACGAAACUCAUUUAUCUACAUUUUUAAAUUUGUUCAGUUACUACUGGUUGCGAUGAUUACAAUGAGUGUCUUUUUCCGGACAACAAUGAAUCAUGACACAGUCGAUGACGGAGGACUUUAUCUUGGGGCACUCUACUUUUCUACCGUUAUCAUCCUUUUUAAUGGAUUUACAGAGGUGUCAAUGCUGGUGGCCAAACUUCCUGUAAUUUACAAGCACAGGGAUUUGCACUUUUAUCCAAGCUGGAUUUAUACUCUUCCUUCUUGGAUCUUAAGUAUUCCAAUUUCACUCUUGGAAUCUGGUAUCUGGGUUGUAGUCACGUAUUAUGUGAUUGGAUAUGAUCCUGCUAUCACUAGAUUCUUGCGGCAACUUUUGUUAUUCUUUUCUCUGCAUCAAAUGUCUAUAGCACUCUUUCGCCUCAUGGGAUCAUUGGGACGUAACAUGAUUGUUGCCAAUACCUUUGGAUCCUUUACUAUGUUGGUUGUUAUGGCUCUUGGAGGAUAUAUUAUUUCAAGAGAUCGUAUACCAAAAUGGUGGAUAUGGGGUUUCUGGUGGUCUCCUUUGAUGUACGCCCAAAAUGCUGCAUCUGUUAAUGAGUUUCUUGGGCAUUCUUGGGACAAGAGCGUUGGGAAGAAUACAAGCAUGUCACUAGGAGAAUCUUUACUGAAAGCACGCAGCCUUUUUACAGAGAGCUAUUGGUAUUGGAUUGGCGUUGGUGCUUUGCUUGGAUAUACAGUGAUUUUCAAUACGCUUUUUACAUUCUUCCUGGCAUACCUUAAACCUUUGGGCAAAAGCCAAGCUGUAGUCUCCACGGAAGAACUGCAAGAGAGAGAGAAAAGAAGGAAAGGAGAAACCACUGUUAUUGAGUUGAGACAUUAUUUGCAGUAUUCGGGGUCAUUGAAUGGAAAGUACUUUAAACAGAGAGGGAUGGUACUUCCCUUCCAACAACUUUCAAUGUCUUUCAGCAAUAUUAAUUACUAUGUUGACGUUCCCAUGGAGCUGAAGCAACAAGGGGUAACAGAAGACAGAUUACAAUUGUUGGUUAAUGUUAGUGGAUCUUUCAGACCAGGUGUGCUUACAGCGCUACUAGGAGUCAGUGGAGCUGGGAAAACCACACUCAUGGAUGUAUUGGCUGGUAGGAAAACUGGUGGGGUCAUUGAAGGAAGCAUACAUAUAUCCGGUUAUCCCAAAAGGCAGGAUACAUUUGCUAGAGUUUCUGGUUACUGUGAACAAACGGAUAUUCACUCCCCAUGUUUGACUAUUAUGGAAUCACUUCUCUUCUCCGCUUGGCUGCGAUUACCUUCAGAUGUUGACUUGGAGACACAAAAGGCUUUUGUUGAUGAGGUGAUGGAACUUGUUGAGCUUACUCCACUCAGUGGAGCUUUAGUUGGUCUACCGGGUGUCGAUGGUUUAUCAACAGAACAAAGGAAAAGAUUGACAAUUGCUGUUGAACUUGUAGCGAACCCAUCCAUAGUGUUCAUGGAUGAACCUACGUCAGGGCUGGAUGCGAGGUCUGCUGCCAUUGUCAUGCGGACAGUGAGGAAUAUUGUCAAUACAGGGCGUACAAUAGUCUGCACAAUCCAUCAGCCCAGCAUAGAUAUUUUUGAAUCUUUUGACGAGCUUUUAUUAAUGAAGCGUGGAGGAGAACUCAUCUAUGCUGGUCCAUUAGGACCCAAGUCCCGUGAACUUAUCAAGUAUUUUGAGGCAGUUGAAGGAGUGCCAAAAAUCAAAUCAGGCUAUAAUCCUGCCGCAUGGAUGCUUGAGGUUACUUCUGCAGUUGAAGAAAGUCGUCUCGGAGUGGAUUUUGCUGAAGUUUACAGGAGAUCAACUCUAUUCCAACGCAAUCUAGACUUGGUUGAAACCUUGAGCAGGCCAAUUAGUAAUUCAAAAGAACUGAGCUUCCCAACAAAGUAUUCUCAGUCAUCUUUCAAUCAGUUUUUAGCUUGCCUGUGGAAACAAAAUUUGUCUUACUGGCGGAACCCACAGUACACUGCAGUGAAAUUCUUUUACACUGUUAUUAUCUCAUUGAUGCUUGGAACAAUAUGUUGGAAAUUUGGUGCCAAAAGAGAAACCCAACAAGACUUAUUUAAUGCUAUGGGAUCCCUUUAUGCUGCUGUUCUUUUCAUUGGAAUCACGAAUGCCACUGCCGUUCAACCAGUUGUUUCAAUCGAGCGAUUUGUCUCAUAUCGAGAAAGAGCUGCUGGAUUGUAUUCUGCUUUACCAUUUGCAUUUGCUCAGGUUGCAAUCGAGUUCCCUUAUGUGUUCGCACAGACAGUUAUUUACUGCUCCAUUUUCUACUCCAUGGCUGCAUUUGACUGGACGGCUUUGAAGUUUAUUUGGUAUAUUUUCUUUAUGUACUUUACCUUGCUAUACUUCACAUUCUACGGAAUGAUGACAACAGCUAUCACACCAAAUCAUAAUGUGGGUGCCAUUAUUGCGGCUCCCUUCUACAUGCUCUGGAACCUCUUCAGUGGCUUCAUGAUUCCUCACAAGAGAAUCCCAAUAUGGUGGAGAUGGUAUUACUGGGCUAAUCCUGUGGCUUGGAGUUUAUAUGGACUCCAAGUAUCACAAUAUGGCGAUGACAAUAAGCUGGUAAAGCUAUCGGAUGGAAUUAAUUCGGUAGCGAUACACGAUGUUCUCAAGCACGUUUUCGGCUUUAGACAUGAUUUUCUAGGUGUAGCUGCCAUCAUGGUAUUUGGUUUCUGCUUGUUUUUUGCCACGAUCUUUGCUUUCGCAAUAAAAUCCUUCAACUUCCAAAGGAGAUGA